UCCUCCCCGCCCUCACCGGAGCACCGCCCCGCGCAGGACUCCACUCACCACCGGAGCUCUCAAAACACGCUCGUGCAGGUCGAAGCACGCGCUCAGUCUGGAGUUCAUCGACACGGACUGCGGAGAGAGUAACUUCUAAAGACUCGAGCGCGAGUAGAAGCGGUGUGGAGAGUUCACACUCACCCCGAAGUGUGUUUAAAGUGUGAGAGCUGCCUGAAGGGACUGAGCUCGCUGGGGUUCAUCUGUCUGGACUGAACCUGGACCCGCUGUUACUGCUCCAGACUACAUCGAAGACAAACACUCCUCUCUAAUGUUAUGGUUUUGGUCUGCUUGUGCCACUCCAGUCUUCACAACUUUCUGAAGCAUAUCAGCAGGGCCUCUGCGUUCCCAGAAACUGAGCUCCACGUGACCAAAACCGACUAUGUUACCCUGAAAAGGCUCUGGAAACUGAGACAAUUAGUAUAAUUGGCGAAAUAAUAGAUUUUCCAUUUCUCCGACCUUCCGUGAUUUUCGGAGAAGCAGUGAUAUCUGGUUGCUUGUGGUUCCCUCAGCCGUCUGGCUGUCACCUCCCCCGACUGUAGCACUACAGAGGAUUCUGGGAUAGGUCCAUGCCGUGGUUGUGCCGCUGUAUGGAGGUGUAAGGGAGGAGCAGGACUCUUGUGGGACGCUGGUGGAGAUCUGGCUGGUGGAGAUCAUGGGAAAAGAGCAGGAUCUUCUGCAAGCGGUCAAGAAUGGAGAUCUAGCUACUACACAGAAACUGCUGGCCAAGGUCAAAGCCAGCAAAAGCAAGUUACUGGGCUCCACCAAGAGGCUGAACGUCAACUAUCAGGAUCCAGACGGGUUUUCAGUGUUGCAUCAUGCAUCUCUCACGGGGACUACAGAGUUGCUCUCUCUGCUGCUGGAAGCUCAGGCUGUUGUGGACAUCAAGGAUAGCAAUGGCAUGCGGCCGCUGCAUUACGCAGCAUGGCAGGGUAAAGCUGACUCAGUGCUCAUGCUGCUGAGAUCUGGGGCUGCCGUUAACAACGCUUCUCAUGACGGGCAGAUUCCCCUGCACCUGGCUGCUCAGUACGGACACUAUGAGGUGUCUGAGAUGUUGUUGCAGCACCAGUCGAACCCGUGCAUUCUGAACAAGGCCAAGAAGACUCCUCUGGAUCUGGCCUGUGAGUUUGGCCGAGUGAAGGUGGCGCAGCUGUUGUUGAGCAGUAAUAUGGUUGCGUCUCUGUUAGAGGGCGAUCGGAGAGACGGGUCAGACUCAAACUGUAACACUCCUCUUCAUCUCGCUGCACGCAACGGACACAAGGACGUCAUCCGGCUUCUUCUGAAAGCAGGUAUUGACAUCAACAGAACCACUAAAGCUGGCACAGCGCUCCAUGAGGCUGCCCUCUAUGGGAAGACAGAGGUAGUGCGGCUACUCCUGGAUAAUGGGAUUGAUGUCAAUAUCCGUAACACUUACAAUCAAACAGCCCUGGACAUCGUCAACCAGUUCACUGCAUGCCACGCCAGCAAAGACAUUAAGCAGCUCUUACGAGAAGCUACAGGAGUUCUUCAGGUCAGAGCUCUGAAAGACUUCUGGAAUCUUCACGACCCCACGGCCCUCACCAUACGCGCCGGUGACGUCAUCACGGUGAUAGAGCAGCAUGUGGAUGGACGCUGGAAGGGCCACAUUCAUGACACCCAGAGGGGAAUGGACCGAAUCGGCUACUUCCCUCCCUCCAUAGUUGAGGUCAUCAACCGACGCUCAGGGGGCACCCUGUCACGACACGCCUCUCUGCCCACCCAUAAGCAGCAACUGCCCUCCAGGUCCGCCCUCAGUCCCAGCUUGAAUCUGAGCGGGGGCGGGACCUCUCAAACUGACGACUCCUACACUCUGUACAACACUAACCCACACCUGGUCCUCCCCCACGCCAACGGUCUGAGCACCAACCCAGGUGGGCCUCCCAGCAGUCUGUCCCAGCACAUGAUCCCCAGUUUGGAGGACGUGUGGGUUUUGCGGAACUCCUGCGCUGCUGGGGACAGGAACAGUGUGGGCAGCACUGGCAGUGUUGGCAGCACCCGCAGUGCAGGCAGUGGCCAGAGCACAGAAAGCAACAGUGCCCCCAAUGGACUGCAUCAAAACAACACCAGCCCCGACACCAGCAAGGCAUCACCUUCGGUUGUGGAUUUCCUGCAGCCGGAUGAUAACAAACAUCCAGACACACCCACAGGAGUUCCUCACAGACCUGUGCUGCCCACACAGAGGCCAGGAGAGCAGGGUUUCUCUCAACAGUUUGUGCAUCCUCAACAGCUGCUGGAGGGCAAGGAUGCUGAGGCCAUCUAUCAGUGGCUGAGUGAGUUUCAGUUGGAGCAGUACACUGUAAAUUUCCUCAACGCUGGCUAUGAUGUACCUACCAUCAGCAGAAUGACUCCAGAGGAUCUCACAGCUAUUGGUGUGACUAAACCAGGUCACCGUAAGAAAAUUUCUCUGGAGAUUGGAAACCUCAGCAUUCCAGAAUGGCUCCCAGAGUACACACCACAGGAUCUUGGGGAGUGGCUGAGCGCCAUAGGUAUGCCUCAGUAUCAUAAGAAACUCUCUGAGAAUGGCUAUGACUCCAUAAAUAUUGUCCGAGAUCUCACAUGGGAAGACUUACAGGAGAUUGGCAUCAUCAAACUAGGCCAUCAGAAGAAAAUAAUGCUUGCAGUGAAGAAAUUGUGUGAUAUUCACAAGGCUCUUCUGCAGGCGCAAUCUGGGCAGGGCACACUGCGGCGCAAAACCCCCGCAGCCCUGGACCUGGUCACUAUUGAGCCGCCUCCCGAGAGCGGCGACCUCCCCUCACCCCACACGCCCAGGAUGAUGACUUUCCAGGACAGCGAGCUGAGCACUGAGCUCCAGAGUGCCAUGUCCUCCCACUACAGUGGCUGUCAGGAAGGGCUGGCCAUCAAGAAUGCAGUAGGAAUGUCUUCCAGUCAGGAGAGCAUUGACACACGUUCUCGAGGCUCGGGACGUUCUCAGGAGCCCCCCAGCACCUCAUCCUCCACUUCCGCUGCGACCCCAGAUAGCCGCUCCCGAGAGAGUUUAACGAGCCCAGACAGCAGUCCUGCUAAAGAGCGAAACAUCCCAGAAGGCCGUGACCAGGUCCCACAUCCUACGCUUCCCCAGCAGCUGCCAUUCAGUGCAUCCGCAGGCUUUACAUACCCCACGGUGCCUGCCAAACCGAAACUGAGCUCUGCUCUUUCUCCACAAGGCUCUCCUGCUCACAAAACCCUUAAUUAUCUACGUUCACAGUAUAACAGUGCCACGCUUGACCGUCACUCUCCUAACGUGGCUAAGAAGCGCACACAGAGUCUGUCCCGGUAUGCUUUGUCGGAUGGUGAACCAGAUGAAGAGGAUGAUGAAGCAGCUCAGCUAGCCAGUAUGCCUUCUUAUGCCACACUGAGCCGCAAGCCUACCCGUGGCCAGCAGGCACGUCUUCGGUCUACCUCCGAGCAGUCCGUCAGCCGAAGCCACUCUUUUGCCAUUAGGAGUCGACGUAAAGGGCCUCCUCCACCACCACCCAAACGCCUUAGCUCCGUCAGCAGCAGUAGCACUAGUGCUGAAACUGUCUCUGACACUCCAGCAUCACCUUCUGGAGCAGCUGAGAAUAGCCGAUCCGGGAUUGUAAAGAGUAUAGCAGCUGCAUUAGAAACAGUCCUACCUCAGUCCAGUCCUACGCGCCUUCCGGAAACCUCUGCAGCUGUUACCAACGAAGGGUCCAGACGCAGACCUCUGAGUCAGAGUGCAUCCAGCCCAGUAUCCUCCAAUGCAGAUACCGGUAGAGCGACAAAGUCUGACUCAGAAGAAGAGGAUGCAACAAAGGAUUCAGGCCUGGAGAGCUCAUCCUCGCCUCAGAACAGCUCUAGUGAGUGCAUCCCUUUUGCAGAGGAAGGCAACCUCACAAUCAAACAGAGGCCCAAAGUUGGCGGGCCUCUUAAGUCAGAGACCACUUCCGAGUUGCCAGAGAAAGACAAACCAGUCCAAACUCCUGAAGUUCCAGAGUUCAACCUUAAAGAAUCGGACACAGUGAAGAGACGACAAAAGCCAAAAGAGAAAGAGCAGCCAAACCUAGCGUCCGACAGCAGUGCAGAUGGCACAUCAGUUUUAGAGACUCAGGGCACGGUGAAGCUCCGCAUCAGUGAAACGGAUAUGAGUCUGCCAUGUGUGGAGCUUCCAACCAAACCAGUGAAAGCACCUCCACCUCUUGCUCCCAAACCUCCCAGUCCCCUAAAUCCAACACGGCAUGCCUCUAAACCAGAUCCUGCUCCUAUAACAGCUGUCGGCUCUAGCGUGACUCUGAAUGUUGUACAGAGUGUCGCCUUUGCAGCACCUCAUUCUCCAGUCCCAUACUCUCCCUCGCCAGAGAACACGGGUCAGUGCGCGAUAUCAGGAAGCCUCCAGGCUCUGAUGGAAGGGGAUCAAAGGUCAACACUGAAUCAUCAGAGGCUGGAGAAGACCAGCACAUCCCUGGAGGAAGCACUGAAGGCUGUAGAGAGAAAACUAACUCUGGAGAACAACAACAACGUGGGCGUUUCUCAUGUAGUGAAGUCUGCAGGGAACAUCCUGGAUGACAUCGGGAACAUGUUUGAUGACCUGGCUGAUCAGCUAGAUGCUAUGCUGGAUUAAAGAUUCUCAUGGAUGGAGCUGUUUGUUUUUUUGAUGACCCAGAAACAGGAAGGUGGAGAUCUACGUAUAGCAGCAUGGUUUCUUAUUAUUCAGAUGGAGAGCAGAGAUUAACUCUUUAACACAAAAGUGGGAACCUCCACUGAUCUUCAUUUAUAUGGACCACACAGACAUUUUUGGACCAGUCCCCUGACCAAUGUCAGUCUAGAUGUCAUCUAUAUUUGUUUGUUUAUUGUUAUUCCAGAGGCUAAUCAACCAGCAUAUAUAAUUGUUUUUGUUUUUUAGUCCCGUCAUGUUUUUUGGGCUGAACUUUGACCCCAAUGAACUUUACAUGCUGGGCCCAGAUAAAAGAAGUGCACUUAGGAGAAACAUUUCUAAAACAAUAUACAUUUCAGAACACUUUACAGAUUCAAAACAUUUCUAGAAAGACAAAUGGGACAGUUCACCCAAAAAGUGAUAUUUCUUUUAUUAUUUACUCACUCUGCCUUGCUGUGAGACUUUUGAAUAAACUUUAUGCAGCGCUUUGCCAUGCAGCAACAAGUUAUAGUGACCUGCGUCAAAACAAAAUAACACAAUGACAAUUUCCAUUUUUUGAGUAUACUGUUCCUUCAUCAUAACUACUUUUCAAAGCAUUUAAGCUAAAAAAAAGUAGCUUGUGACAUCCAUUUCAUCAGGUAAACAGCCUUUUUUGGAGGUUUGGUGCUUGUAUCAUUUUUUUUUAAUGCCUUUGCAGUUUUGCAGGUUAAAAUACAUGACUGACAUUUGUAUUUUUGUAUGAAAGUGUGGUUUUAAAGGGAACACGAUGAAAACAGUAACACUGCCUUAAAUAAUUAGAAGUUACCACAAACUAUUUUUGAAGUCUUUAAGCUUAUUAGUCCAAAUAGUAUUUAAACUUUAUAAAAAUAUGUAUAUACACUAAAGGUAUAUUUGAUUGGGACGCAAACCUGUGUGUUGUACCAAAGUAUGUGUAUAUUUUUUAUUCAAAUGUUGGAUAAUGUUAACACUUGUCAGACUUGUCUUGCAGCUAAACUAAUGAAAUUUAACCCAGUGGCAUUUCCCCUGUGCACAUCAUUUGAUAUGAUGUAUCUGAUGUGGAAUAUUUUCCCGCUGUUCUUGAGUGCCAUACGUUUAAAUAGAGGUUUCAUUCAA